AUGACUGCACGUGUAGCACGCAGCAUCACCAAGAGUGUGCUUUCUCGAGAACAAAUGGAUGGCGUCGGUGCACGAGUGUAUCGUAGCAUUGGAAGUGUUCAGCUCCGCAACUUGGAUCCAUUUUUGAUGUUGGAUGAGUUUGACGUGCAAGCACCUGCUGGAUUUCCCGAUCAUCCCCACCGUGGAUUUGAAACAGUGACAUACAUGUUGGAAGGUGAAUUUUUGCAUGAGGAUUUCAAGGGUCACAAGGGCAAGAUUGGUCCUGGUGAUUUGCAGUGGAUGUCAGCAGCACGUGGCAUUGUGCAUUCUGAAAUCCCAGCUUCAAACAGCCGUGCACAUGGUUUGCAAUUAUGGGUCAACUUGUCAUCCAAGGACAAGCUCGCUGAGCCUAAUUACCAAGAAUACCCAGCAGAUAAAGUGGCUCAUGUCUCACCUGAAGAUGGCAUCAAUAUCAAGAUCAUUGCUGGCGAAUCUCAUGGCGUGAAAAGCCCUGUCAUGACACGCACACCCACCAUGUUUAUCGAUAUCAAGUUAGCCAAAGGCAAAACUGUAGAGCAAACGAUCCCUGAGGAGUAUGCAGGCUUUAUUUACACCAUUGCUGGAACCGCUACUUUUGGAAAAGAUCGACACCAAUCCGAUGCACAUCAUACACUCGUUCUUAGUAACGACAAAGGCACGGUCAUCCCUGUUGAAUCUCUCUCAGAUGAUUGCCAUUUUGUCAUCAUUGCAGGAAAGCCUAUCAACGAGCCUAUUGUUCAACAUGGCCCAUUUGUUAUGAAUACGGAACAAGAGAUUUAUCAAGCAUUCCAUGACUAUGAUCGUGGUAUUAAUGGCUUUGAAGGUGCACCAGGAUGGACAUCAUCCAUUCGUGAUAAAUGGUCUAAAUAG